AUGAAUCUGACAAACAGUUUAUAUGUUGCGUUUUAUCUGUGUGUAAUGGCCUGCUAUGCUCUUAUGAGUGUGCCAUAUAAUGGACUGAUAGCUGAUACCACGCCACCCUCACAGAGAGGGUUUAGUUCAGGAGUUAUGGGUGCCAUGACAUUGGUUGGAAAUGUCACAGGGGCAGCCAUUGGACUGUUCUUUCCAAAACUUGGUGUGGUUGGAACSUAUUCACUUGUAGCUAUUCUGUACUUUCUAUGUGUCGUUCUGACAGUAUCGUCCUGUCCAGAAACUCCAGCAGGAAAAGCUGUACARCAACCUCUAAGUUUAAAAGCAUUAUUUUUAGCUUACUGGGAACCCCUUAAAGAGCCGGACUUCAGAUGGGUGUUCCUAACAAGAUUCCUAAUGCAACAGGGAGUUGCUACUGUCACUGGGUUUUUAGAGUUCUGGUUGGGUGAUAUGGUGUAUCUGCCAAAUUGUUGGUCACCAGAAAGAAGUGUGGCUAUGAUGCUGCUACCUUUGCUGUUUGCAGCAGCACUUUUUUCUGUAYUUGGUGGAUUUCUCUCUGACAAGCUAGGAAGACGAAAACCUUUGGUCAUUGGUUCAUCUGCAUUGAUGAGUAUUUGUGCAGUAAUACUAGCKUUUCUACAAGGACGUUAUGCAUUUUAUGCAGCAAUUCCAGUGGCUUUAACCUUUGGUAUUGGUUUUGGGGCAUACUGUGCAGUGGAUUUUGCUUUGGUAAUGGAUGUACUACCAGAGGAAAAAGACAAAGCUAAAGACCUGGCUAUUUGGCAUCAGGCUCUUGUUCUUCCACAAGCUAUAGCUACACCUAUUGGUGGCAUCAUUCUUGAUGUAUUUGAGAGAUGGAGAUGUGAUAUAGGUCUGGGUUAUAUCAUUCUAUUUCUCCUUACCUCAACCUACUUUGCACUUAGUGGAAUAUUUGUAUUAAAAAUCAAAAAAGCACAGUAGGCAGACUGGGGGGCGCAUUUAAUGACUAUAUAGUCUACGCCCUUACAGCUGUUAUGUGCUUGCUUACAUGUCUCUUCUCCCCCCCCCCCCCC